AUGUCAUUGCCAAAGGCUUUUCUGCAGUCCUCAAAAUAUGAUAACUACGCGGAAUUCUUUCGUUCUUUAAAAUAUCACGAAUUGCUAUCUGGACAUGAAUACAAUGUCAACAAUUCGACAUCAUUGGCGACAUGCAAAGUUAAUGGUAUUCACCCUAAAUUCGAAUAUUAUUAUAUUCGGUACAUCUGUAAAUUUGGGCCUAAAUCGUGGAAAAAUCGUACUGAAGAUCUCAAAAAGGACCCUGAACUUUGUCCUGCUAUGUUUACUGUUCAUUGCCGUGAAAAAAAAUAUCUUCAAAUGGACAACUUGAAUGUCCUACACAAUCAUCAGUCCGUAUAUGGCAGGGAUUAUAAUGAUAAGUCUGAUAACUCAAACAAGCGCCCCAAGCGACAAUCACACGCGAGUAACAGACCAAAAAAAUUAAAUAAAAGUGCUCAAAAAAACAAGAAAAAGAACCAAAAUAAAGUUGACGACCAUGAAGGAGAUCAUGAAACUUCCGGUACUUCAACUCCUGCUGAAAGCGCGCUUAAAAAUCGUCGUCAACAUCAUAAACAAUCUAAAAAAUCAGCCGAACAAAUAAAUCUAGAUCAUGAAUCUUCUAGUAGUUCCAUCGAAGAUCUGAGCUCCUUGAUUGAAAGACGUCGACGCCAGAGAAAAAUCAGAAAAAUAGCUAAAUAUGGUAGGGAUGAUAUGUCUGAUAACUCAAAGAAGCGUCAGAAACAACAAUCACGCGUUUUUAAGAGAUUGAAAAAAUUUAUAAAAAAUGCUCCUAGAAAUGAGUCAGAGGAGCCAAAGGAUGUUGAUGAUUAUGACAGAGACCUUCACACUUGUGGUACUUCAUUUUCUCAGGAAAGCGCUCGUGAUAAUCGUCAACAUCGUGAAGAGCCACUGCCUAAACUACACUCUGACCAAACAGUCAAUCAGGAUGCGACUAAUUCUCAGAACACCAGCCUGCCCAUUGCUUCUAACGAGAAGACAUUUAACAAGGAGCCUGCACUCGAAGAAAACUUAAAUGCAACGGACGCUGGGAACCAGGAUGCCGAUGUUGGCCAAGGACCGAGUCCGUCUGCUGUUGAAAAUACAGAGCCAUCUCACGAGACACCGUCUGGAGUCAACACCAGUCUAGAUGGCAAUCAAAGUGAGGAUGCUACGAAUUCUCAGAACAUCAGCCUGCCCAUUGCUUCUAAUGAGAAGACAUUUAACAAGGAGCCUGCACUCGAAGGAAACUUAAAUGCAACGGACGCUGGAAACCAGUAUGCCGAUGCUGGCCAAGGAACAAGUCCGUCCACUGUUGCUGAUGAGCGAACAUUGAACAAAGAGCAAUCGCCUGGAGUCCACUCCAGCCAAAAAGCCAGUGAAAACAACUUCGCCAAUGAUUAUCAGAAAAAUACUUUACCUGCUGCUAUUGAUAAAAUAACUUCUAUAGAAGUGCCAGCACCCGUCAACUCCAACUCCAACACAGCCACUAAUCAGGAUACCCUGCAACCUAAAUCCUCAAAAGCAGGUAAACGCAAGCGAGGAAUGAAGUUGCAUCAAUCAAAAAAACAUAAAACAAGCACUGCAGAAUGGUACUGCAAAAUGUGCAACAUAAGCAAGCGUGCAAACAUGUUACCGUGCUUUAAAUGUUGUAAAUUUUGUUAUGAAAUUUGCUUUAAAAAAACAGAUACUGGAAGACAGAUGUGCCAAGAUUGUCUUUAG